AUGGAGAGUCCCGCGGGCGGCAGCGCGGCGGUGGAGCCGGGGCACCCCGGCACGGAGCCGGAGCUGCCGGCGCCCUGCCCGCCCGAGGCGGCGGCGGCGGCACCGGGCGGUGUGGAGGCGGCGGAGGGCGGCGCGGGUGCCCCGCGGGCGCGCUGCCUGCGGGCCGUGUAUGUGCUCAACGAGCCGCCCAAGGGGGGCGCCGGGGCGCGGAGCCCCGAGGCCGGGGCUCGGCAGUGCCUGCUGAGGGCCUGCGAGGCCGAGGGGGCUCAGCUGGGCACGGUCAACUUCGGGGAGCUGGACUUCGGGGAGACGGCGGUGCUGGACGCCUUCUACGACGCGGAUGUUGCAGUUGUGGAUAUGAGUGAUAUUUCUAAGCAACCAUCACUGUUCUACCACCUCGGUGUGCGUGAAAGCUUUGACAUGGCAAAUAAUGUUAUACUCUACCAUGACACAGAUGCUGACACUGCUCAGUCUCUCAAAGAUAUGGUAUCUCAGAAAAACACAGCUUCCAGUGGCAAUUACUAUUUUAUUCCGUACAUUGUCACACCAUGUGCUGACUACUUUUGCUGUGAAAGUGAUGCCCAGCGAAGAGCUUCUGAGUAUAUGCAACCCAGCUGGGACAAUAUCCUCGGGCCGCUUUGUGUCCCGCUGGUGGACAGGUUUAUCAGCCUUCUCAAGGAUGUUCAUGUUACAUCAUGUGCCUAUUAUAAAGAAACACUGCUAAAUGAUAUUAGAAAAGCUAGAGAGAAGUAUCAAGGAGAUGAACUUGCUAAGGAGCUGGCCAGAAUUAAGCUUCGAAUGGAUAAUACUGAAGUGCUGACUUCUGAUAUUGUCAUAAACCUGCUUCUUUCUUACCGAGAUAUACAGGACUAUGAUGCUAUGGUGAAGCUGGUAGAAACACUUGAAAUGCUUCCUACCUGUGAUCUGGCUGAUCAACACAACAUUAAAUUUCAUUAUGCUUUUGCAUUGAAUCGAAGAAAUAAUGCAGGUGACAGGGAGAAGGCACUGCAAGUCAUGCUUCAAGUCCUGCAGACAUGUGAUCACCCUGCUCCAGAUAUGUUUUGCUUAUGUGGGAGGAUCUACAAGGAUAUGUUUCUUGAUUCUGACUGUAAAGAUACCAAUAGUCGAGAUCAUGCCAUUGAAUGGUAUCGGAAAGGAUUUGAACUCCAGUCAACUCUGUAUUCUGGAAUUAACCUUGCAGUUUUGCUACUUGUUGCAGGACAACAAUUUGAAAGCUCGAUGGAACUGAGAAAAAUAGGUGUACGAUUAAACAGUUUACUGGGAAGAAAAGGAAGCCUAGAAAAAAUGAACAAUUACUGGGACGUGGGACAGUUCUUCAGUGUGAGCAUGCUGGCUAAUGAUGUUAGUAAAGCAGUACAAGCAGCAGAGAAACUUUUUAAGCUGAAACCUCCAGUAUGGUACUUGAAAUCAUUAGUUCAGAAUCUGAUGUUAAUUCAGCGUUUCAAGAAACUCACCAUAGAACAUUCUCCUAGACAAGAAAGAUUGACUUUCUGGCUAGAUAUAAUUUUCGAGGCAACGAAAGAAACAACUAAUGGACUGAGAUUUCCAGUUUUGGUGAUAGAACCAACUAAAGUCUACCAGCCUGCAUAUGUUUCAAUCAACAAUGAAGCGGAUGAAAGAUCUCUUUCUUUGUGGCAUGUCUCUCCCACUGAAAUGAAACAGAUUCAUGAAUGGAAUUUUACAGCUUCUUCCAUAAGGGGAAUAAGUAUUUCCAAGUUUGAUGAACGAUGUUGUUUUCUUUAUGUCCAUGACAACUCUGAUGAUUUUCAAAUCUACUUUUCUACAGAAAACCAAUGCAGUAGAUUCUGUGGGUUGGUGAAGGAAAUUUUGUCUGAUGCAGUUGGCAGUACUUUAGAACUAGAAGGGGAAAUAGAUGGAGACACAUUGGAGUAUGAAUAUGAUUAUGAUGAGAAUGGUGACAGGGUAGUUCUAGGAAAAGGUACUUAUGGAAUAGUCUAUGCUGGAAGAGACCUUAGCAAUCAAGUCCGAAUAGCCAUCAAAGAAAUACCUGAGAGAGACAGCAGAUAUUCUCAACCUCUUCAUGAAGAGAUAGCGCUGCAUAAAUAUUUAAAGCAUCGGAACAUUGUCCAGUAUCUUGGAUCUGUUUCAGAAGAUAGUUACAUUAAGAUUUUUAUGGAGCAGGUGCCAGGAGGCAGCCUCUCGGCUCUCCUGAGAUCUAAGUGGGGCCCAAUGAAAGAACCCACAAUUAAAUUUUACACCAAGCAGAUUCUGGAAGGCCUUAAGUAUCUCCAUGAGAACCAGAUUGUACACAGAGAUAUAAAGGGGGACAAUGUUCUGGUGAACACCUAUAGUGGCGUGGUAAAGAUCUCUGAUUUUGGUACUUCCAAACGACUGGCAGGAAUCAAUCCAUGCACUGAAACAUUUACAGGAACAUUGCAGUACAUGGCUCCAGAAAUCAUUGAUAAAGGACCACGAGGAUACGGUGCACCAGCUGAUAUCUGGUCACUAGGUUGUACCAUUAUUGAAAUGGCAACAGGCAAACCUCCAUUUCAUGAACUAGGGGAGCCUCAAGCAGCAAUGUUUAAAGUUGGGAUGUUUAAGAUUCAUCCUGAAAUUCCAGAAUCGCUGUCCACUGAAGCAAGGGCCUUUAUUUUGCUCUGCUUUGAACCUGAUCCUUGUAAGCGUGUUACAGCAUCUGAUUUGCUCAGAGAUUCCUUCCUGAAGCAAGUAAACAAGGGCAAGAAAAGCAGAAUUGCAUUCAAGCCUUCAGAUUACAACCGUAACACAUCCCUCCCGCUGCCCAUCCACGGAGAGCAGGCUGGCAGUAGCAGCAGCGAGCAUGGCUCCGUUUCGCCAGACUCUGAUGUACAGCACGAUAUGUUUUUUGAAAGGCCAAAGAGAUCCAUUUCAGAGAUUCACGUAAAGCAUCCCAUCUCCCAUUUACUGAGCGUGCCCGACGAGGGCUUGGCCUUGGAGGACAGGAGCGCCUCUCCUUCCCUUGAGGAUAAGGAUUCCGGUCUGUUUCUGCUACGGAAGGACAGCGAACGCCGAGCAAUUCUGUACAAAAUCCUUAAGGAAGAACAGGAUAAAGUUGCUUCAAAUUUGCAGGACUGUAUUGCACAGAGCUCUGAAGAACUGCAACUUUCAAAAGCCCACAUCAACCAAAUUAUUGGGAUUUUAAGGGACUUCAUUCGCUCUCCUGAGCAUAGAGUGAUGGCUUCGACCAUAUCCAAGUUGAAAAUGGAUUUGGACUUUGACAGCACUUCCAUCAAUCAGAUCCAUCUGGUGCUGUUUGGGUUUCAGGAUGCGGUGAACAAAGUAUUAAGGAAUCAUUUAAUAAGGCCCCACUGGAUGUUUGCAAUGGACAACAUAAUUCGCCGUGCAGUCCAAGCAGCAGUCACUAUUCUUAUUCCAGAGCUUCGAGCUCACUUUGAGCCAGCAUCAGAAACGGAAGGUGGGGACAAAGAUGGUGACGAAGUGGAGGAGAGCUACCAGCCCACGGAACAAAAUGGGACCGAGGACCCUGCCGCCACAUCAGGAGUCAGCACCCUCAGCUCCGUGGUGUCACAUGAGGCGCAGCAGCAGCUUAGCCUGGAGUUGGGCAGACUCAAACAGGAGUCGGUCAGGCUUUUGGAAAACCUAAUUCAGAAGGAAAAAGAGUAUCAGACUCUCUUACAACAAUCCUUGGAGCAAAAAACUCAGGAAUUAUGUUUGCUUCAAUUAAAACUUAAACCCAAAGACUCUCGGUGGACUGCAUCAACUUUUAAAGAGAAUGCAGACCCUGAGCUCACGAACUGGCUGAAACAACAAGGAGCAGACUUGGAUGCAAUUAAGAGGUUUGCUGAAGAGGAUUAUACACUAAGCGCUGUCCUCAAUGAUAUCACUAAAGAUGAUUUGCGGUACCUUCAACUGCGAGGGGGUCUUCUCUGCAGAAUUUGGAAUGCCAUAUUAAUCCACCGCCAAACAUCUGAUAAGACCUCAGAGGCAGAAAGUUAGCUCCUUGGAAACAGAACGUGUAAUGGGAAUAAGCAAAUGAAAGACACAUUCCUAAAUUAUUGUAUGUACAUACAUGUAUAGUGGCCUUGCAGGUUUUGCACAACUAGACAGCUUGUUUGACCACCAGUGUAACACAGUGAAUAGUAACAGCUUAUGAAAAAGUGAAGCAGAAGUCAAAUGCCUGUCACCGUAAAUAUAAAGCCUUAGCUGAGACAAAACUUCUGCAAAACAUGUACCACACCUCUGAACUGGCUUUACCGUUGUGAAAACUGUGAACUUAAUGUGUUACAGCUCUGCAGGGGGAUGGUUUGAGCAGGAAGGGGUUAAGCUCUAGCACAUCACCCCUUUGUAGAUGAC